UGGCUGAUUCUGUGCGCGGGCGCCAGCUGAUUGGCUGUCUGUCUGUGUGAGGAAACGGGAAGCUGUGUGGUUCUUCGUGCGUUAGUGAUUUAAGAUUAACGCGAUAGUGACGAAGCGCUGCUUUAUCUGUGUGGUGUUUUAUUGUUCACAGGAACAGCCUGGAACAUGGGGUGCUUUUUCUCUAAAAAGUCCAGGAGAAAAUCUCCGGAUAAAGACCUCUCAUUGUCGCCCGACAACACCAGCGGUAACCAAGAGGAACCUAAACAGUACAGCUGGGACAAGAGGGACAAGGUCGAUCCGAAAGACUUCACGCUUUCUGGUUUGAAGGACACGACCGUGGGACGUCUGCCCGGGAAACUGAACGGUCAGCAGUUUGUUAUCCAAGACUGCGAGAACUGCAACAUCUAUGUGUUUGACCAUUCGGCUGCGGUCACCAUCGACGACUGUGUCAACUGCCGUGUGGUGCUCGGCCCCGUCAAAGGCAGCGUCUUCUUCCGGGACUGCAGGGACGUUAAGUGCGUGGUGGCAUGCCAACAGUUUCGAACCAGGGACUGCAAGAAAAUGGAUGUGUUUCUGUGCUGCGCCACGCAGCCCAUCAUCGAGUCUUCUACAGGGAUGAAGUUCGGCUGUUUUCAGUACUAUUACCCCGAGCUGGCCUUCCACUUCAAGGACGCAGGGCUGAGCAUCUUCAACAAUAACUGGAGCAACCUACACGACUUCACACCCGUUUCAGGAGAGAACAACUGGAGUCUAAUGGCGGAGGAUGUUGACGUGUUGGAGUACGUUCCUUUACCUGAUCCCGAGUCUGAGUUUAAAAGCGUCCGCGUGUCCACUGAUAAGAACCGCAGCAUCGUCCCACUGACCAAAGGAGGGAGGAGAAAGGAGAGCGAGGAGUCCUGUCUGUUCGUCUUCUUCGCUGGAGAUUACACCACGGCCAACGCUCGCAAGCUCAUCGAUGAGGUGACCUCCAAGGGUUUCGUCCUCGUCCAGACCAAAGAGGUGUCCAUGCGUCCUGAAGACGUGAACAGAGUUUUCCAGAACAGUGCAGAGGAGCUGACAGAGUGGACGGCGAAAGGUCCCGUGGUGGCUCUGGAGCUGAAUGGAGACGGCGUGGUUGAAGCCUGCAGGAUCAUCGCUAAUGAGGUGUUCAGUGGAACAAAGGUGUUUGUUUCUGAGAACAAAAACUCAGCCUCGCAGGACGUCGAUAACUUCUUCAACUUUGCUGACAUGCAGAUGGGACUGUGAACAAAAGGAGAUGAAUUUCGUUUAAUGUUUUUUUUAAUCGAGACGUUUUUCUAUGUUCAGUGUUUCUCCAACUAGACGUGAACCAGAGUUCAUAACCUGGUUGUGAAAACGGUGAAGCGAGUGCAGAGUUCGCUCGCACAUCUCACUCGUGUUUUAGAGUCGGUUUAAACCUGUGGUUCUCAGUUGUGGAGUCGGGGAGAAAGCCCUAGAGGUCAGGAGGUUCCACUAGGAGGAAGCCACCGUUAUUAGAGUUCUUUUGGAGUGUUCGUAGUUAUAAAUGCAGAAAAAAACGCUAACUUUAAUAACUCCGGAUACUCUUGGUCAGAUUUAGGAGUCUAAAUCAGAUUGUUUUGACUUUAUUUUUAGAUCACAUGAGCUUAAAGUGUCCUCAAACCCCUCAGCGAUGGGGGGGGGGGGGGGUGUCAGGGAGAAAUCACCUGAGCCAGAGCGAAACAAAUGACUCGUUAAUUCUUUAAAUAACUUGUUUGCGGCACCUUCGGAGUUUAUUUCCUUUUUUUAUGUUUAGCGCAGGAAGCCUGUUUGAUUCACUUAAGACAGGUGAGUCGAUUCGCUUACUGCUGAGUCGAUUCACUUACCGAAUCGAAUCGCUUUCUCACUGGAUUUCACGUGGAAGUGGACCGAGACCACGUGACUCAGACCAAGUUCGGAUCGGAGUCUGAUCUCCGUGAUGUGAAGGAAUCUGUGUGUGUGUGAAGGAAGCACACUGUAGUAACAGUAAACAGUUAUAUAUAUUUUAAAUAAUGAGUCUAAAUAUCUCCAUAUUCGAAUUUAAUAUAUGUAUUUUUUUAAACAUCAAACUGACUCCCCGACUACAAAACCUUUGACAACCCUUUGGUUUAAACAACUAUAUUUUAUUUUACCGUACUGCUGCUAAAUUGUACGUUUUUGCAGGUUCGAUAAUUCAAUGCUGUUUUUCCCCCAAAUUCUGUUUUAUUUCUCUCGCAUUUUUGAAAGAUUGUUCUUGUGAAAACCUUCGAGCGUCGCUGCUCCGUUGCACGGUUCGUCAUGCUGAAAAUAAUAUAAAGUUUAAGCCAGAUGUGUUUAUUUAUCUGUGAGUGCUGUCUGUAUAUACACUCGGUUUGGAAAUCAGAAAUCGUCCGACUUUUCACCACAGAAUCAUAAGGUUCUGCUUUCCUCUGCUGUUGAUGCUGAAUAUCUCUUUUAUUAGACUCUUUGUGUUUUUGUUUGGUUUUAAAUGACGACAAAUCAGUUGAGUUAUUUAAAGAAAUGAAAGAUUAUCUGAAGCUGAUGUGUUGCCAAUCAAAUGUACGAUCCUGAAUGUACCGCUCUGUGAAGCUGUCUCUUUAUAUGUCCGCUGUUUUUAUACAGAAAAAAAGAGAAAUGUUGCUCCUGUGACCAAACGAGUUUGUUUUGUACAGAUGAGGAAAAAAAACACGUAAUAUUUUAGCGUACUUUUGUAUGAUUUAUUUGUUCUUAUUUGUAUGAGGUAGUUUUGUAGAAAUGAUUGUACACUGAUUUAUUAAUAUAUAUUUCUUCUGUAAA